CUCCGCUCUCCUCCUCUUCCCGCGGAGGCAGCGCCACGUCUCGGGCAGCAGCGGGGCGGCGGCUCCGGCUCCAGCUCCAGAGAACACAGUUCCUUGGUGAUUGCAUAUCUAUCUGCGAGCUAUUUUUAUGACCUCCUGGAAUUAUUCAGCUGCCUGCUGCAAGCCGACUACUAAAAAGCUCAAACUUGUGUUCCUGUCUAACAUCUUGAUGCUGUUGUUGCUAAUGGAGAGAAACAGGACUUGGUAGUUCACUUGGAGGCAAAUUAUUUAGAAGAAAUAACUUUCCUGGAAUUCAGCUUGUUUUUACAAUGGACUCCUCACCUGUCCAGCAGGAUGUUCUGUUGGAGAACAGAAGCAGCAAUGGGGCCCCUAAUAAGUCUGAAGAACUUCUGGAUCAUAAAACUGAGUCAGAUGUGCCAGUUGCAAGAGAUGAAAUUAACACUACCAGUAUUAAUGUCAACAAAGUGCCAAAUGAAGAGGGAAGUCUGGAGAUAAACAGCAAAGGUGAAGCCUGCCAGAAUGGGCCAGAGUUGCUCUUUCCCAACUCUCCUUUAUCUUUUGAUCCCACCAGCAGUCUGCAGGGUCAAGAGUCAUCCCCAGGUGUGGCUGCUUUCCGUGGCAACCUAAGGAAGUCUCAGGGAACUAGUGCUGAGGGCAUAGUUCUUAGAAAAGAAGCUUUACAGUCUCUCAAACUAAGUCUUCCCAUGCAAGAAACUGACUUGUGCUCAGUAGAGUCUUCCCUCCCUUUGGAGAAAGAGGAACAAAUAAGACUUCAAGCAAGAAGGCGACUAGAAGAACAGCUCAAACAAUAUAGAGUGAAGAGACAUCAAGAAAGAUCUAGUCAAUCUACAUCCAAAAACCGGCCCUCCAGCACAUUGGAUCCUGAGCUGAUGUUAAAUCCAGAAAUCUUGCCAAGAGCUAGCACUGUAGCAAUGACAAAAGAAUACUCUUUUUUACGGACCAGUGUCCCAAGGGGGCCAAAACUGGGUAGCUUGGGACUUCCAGCAUCCUCGAAAGAGAGAAGAAGUUCAAAAUCCAAGUCCAGUAAGAUCCGGUCCUUGGCUGAUUAUAGAGCUGAAGAUUCAGACUCUAGAAGUGCUAUGAGGAAUUCAGUGGCUACUGAUUUAUCUGGUGGGACUCUGAAGCAAAGCAGAAGUGGUUCAACAUCCGUUAUUUCUGAGAUUAGUCAACCCUCUGACAUAGAUGAUCGAAUAGAGAAUUCCUCUUUGGCGGGAGAUAGUAUUUCAGAGAUUGAUGGGAGUGAAGUGGGAAUGAGGCUGGAUGGAAAUGAGAGUGACAGCUCUACCUACAGCAGUGUGUCAGGAAAAGGACUGUACAGCAGUUUACAGAAUGCAGAAGACAAACAGAGUAUUCCAUAUACAAUAAAUGGUCGGAAGAUACAUCCUGAUGCAAUGGGGCAAUUUCCGUCCAUCAGUGAGGUGCUACAGGCUGCAGCAGUGGAGCAUCAAGCACAAGAGCAAGAAGUUAAUGGAGAAGUACGGAGUAGGAGAGACAGUAUUUCUAGCAGUGUAUCAAUGGAAAGCUCUAUCGCAGGAACUCAUGAUGAAAUGCUGCAGGUUCUAAAGGAGAAGAUGAGACUUGAAGGGCAACUAGAAGCACUCUCACUAGAAGCUAAUCAGGCUCUCAAAGAGAAGACUGAGCUACAGGCACAACUUGCAGCUUUGAACAUGAAGCUUCAGGCACAGAUGGAAUACAGUCAAAACAGCCAACAGAAGCAGGAAUCUCUGAGCUCAGAAGUGGCCACGUUAAAGCAGUCUUGCUGGGAUCUGGAACGAGCAAUGGCUGACCUGCAAAAUGCCUUGGAAGCAAAGAAUGCUAGUUUGGCUUCUUCAAAUAAUGAUUUGCAGUUGGCAGAGGAGCAGUACCAAAGACUCAUGGUGAAGGUUGAAGAUAUGCAAAAAAAUGUUCUUACCAGAGAUAGCACAGUUCAUGAUUUGCGACAGCAGUUGGCUUCCUUACAGAAUCAGCUUCAGAAGGUGCAAUUAGAACGGACUACACUGACCAAUAAGCUAAAGGCAUCUGAAACAGAAAUCUCCUCACUCCAAAAUGUGCGGCAGUGGUACCAGCAGCAGCUGAUACUAGCACAGGAGGCCCGUGUCAGGCUGCAGAGUGAGAUGGCCAAUAUACAGGCUGGGCAAAUGACCCAAGCAGGUAUGUUGGAACACCUCAAACUAGAGAAUGUGACAUUGUCUCACCAGUUGACUGAGACCCAGCACAGAUCUAUUAAAGAAAAAGAACGUAUUGCAGCACAGUUGCAAAACAUUGAGGCUGACAUGCUAGAUCAGGAAGCUGCUUUCAUGCAGAUCCAGGAGGCUAAAACCAUGGUGGAAGAAGACUUGCAGAGAAAACUAGAGGAGUUUGAGGAUGAAAAAGAGCAGCUUCAGAAAAUGGCUGAUUCUGCAGUAAUGCUGGAGCAGGAAUUGGAUCAGGUCAAGUUGACCUUGCAUCAGCGAGAUUUGCAGCUUGAAUCUUUACAGCAAGAACAUCUAGAUCUAAUGAAGCAGUUCACCCUAGCCCAAGAGACAUUACACACCAAAGAGCAGUCGCUGGAUGACCUGCAGACCCAGUAUGAUGAACUGAAGGCCAGAUUAGAAGAGCUCCAAAGUGAUGCUACUUCCAAAGAUGAUGUGAUCCAGUAUUUGCAGAAUGAGAAAAUUGUCCUGGAAGUAGCUCUGCAGGCAGCAAAAGCGAGCAAAGAGCAACUUGAUGAAGGAGCAAAAUGCCUUGGAGAAAAUGCAGAGGUAGCAUCAGAAGUCUUAGAACAACUGCGGCAAGAAAUAGCAAUAAAGUCAAGCAAGGUAGAAAAUCUGCAACAAGAAAAUUCCAGCCUUAAGAAACAAGUUCAAAAAGUGAAGGAACAGUUCCUACAGCAGAAGGUAAUGGUGGAAGCUUAUCGAAGAGACGCAAGUUCUAAGGACCAGCUGAUCAGCGAACUGAAAGCUACAAAGAAGCGGCUGGACUCAGAAAUGAAAGAGUUAAAACGAGAACUACUCAAACAUCAAGUUGAAAAACAAUCGCUGGAAUCUGAACAUUCAAAACUACAAAAGGAAGUAUCCCAGGUUCACCAGCAGAUGGUAGAAAUUGAGAAUCAUCUUCAGUCAGUGCAGAAAGAACGAGACGAUAUGGAGAAACGCCUACAGUCUCUACAGUUUGAUAAGGAACAAAUGACAUCUCUUGCUGAGGCAAAUCAAGCAUUAAAACUACAAGUAGAACAAAUGCAAGAAGAAGCGAAAAAGGCCAUUACUGAGCAGAAACAGAAAAUGAAGCGUCUGGGGUCAGAUCUGACAAGUGCUCAGAAAGAGAUGAAGGCAAAGCAUAAAGCCUAUGAGAACGCAGUUGGCAUUCUUAGUCGUCGGCUGCAGGAAUCCCUCACUGCCAAGGAAUCUGCUGAAGCAGAACUGAGCAAACUAAAAGCACAGAUCACUGAUGGUGGAAGCAGUCAGAUUGCUCAAGAAAAGAUUCAAGCUCUGGAGACAGAACUACAAGCUGUUAGCAGCAGUAAGUUGAUGCUGGAAAAAGAGUUGCAAGAAGUGAUUUCACUUACCAGCCAGGAGCUGGAGGAGUACAGAGAGAAGGUGCUGGAACUUGAGGAUGAGCUUCAGGAAUCUAGAGGCUUUAGGAGGAAGAUAAAACGUUUAGAAGAAAUUAAUAAGAAGUUGGCCCUUGAACUGGAACAUGAACGAGGAAAAAUUACAGGUCUUAACCAGUCCAACACUGCUUUGCGGGAGCACAACAAUAUCCUCGAAACAGCAUUAGCAAAGAGAGAGGCAGAUUUGGUACAACUGAACCUACAGGUUCAGGCAGUUCUAAAGCGGAAAGAAGAAGAAGAUCAGCAAAUGAAACAGCUUAUUCAAUCUUUACAGACUUCCUUAGAGAAAGAAAAGUCAAAAGUUAAAGACCUUAAAGAACAGGUAGCAGCAGCCAAAGCAGAUGCAGCACAUAACCGUCGUCAUUACAGAGCUGCUGUUCUUGAGCUCAACGAAAUCAAAAAAGAGCUACAUGCCAAAGAACUGCUUGUCCAAGCCCUCCAGGCUGAAGUGGACAAACUGCAGGUAGAGGAUGAGAAACAUUCCCAGGAAGUAUCACAAUUUCAGCAAGAGUUGGCAGAAGCCAGGUCUCAGCUCCAACUUCUGCAGAAAAAGCUGAAUGAGAAGCUUAGUGAAGAGCCAGGAGUAAAUCAAGAGGUGGAAGACCUCAAGUGGGAAGUAGAACAAAAAGAAAGAGAAAUUGAAACGCUUAAGCAGCAGCUGGAUAUGAGUGAACAGCGCAGCCAUAAGGAGUUAGAAGGGAUACAAGUUGUCCUACAGAAUAUUAAGACUGAGUUGGAAAUUGUGAGAGAAGACCUGUCAGCGACUCAGAAGGACAAGUUUAUGCUCCAGGCUAAAGUGAGUGAACUGAAGAAUAGUAUGAAGUCGCUACUGCAGCAGAACCAGCAACUGAAGCUGGACUUGAAACAUGGCAAGAUGAAGAAGAGGAAGGAACUGAAGGGAGAGAAUAACUCUUCAAAUCCUGUGACUCCAGUCAAGAUUCCUGAUUGUCCAGUCCCUGCUGCCUUGCUGGAAGAACUCUUGAAACCAUCAGCAGCUAUGAGCAAGGAGCCUCUAAAAAAUCUGAACAGUUGUCUUCAGCAAUUAAAGCAAGAAAUGGACAGCCUUCAGCGUCAAAUGGAAGAACACACCAUUACAGUACAUGAAUCAAUGUCUUCAUGGACUCAGGUUGAGGGGCAGCUAAUGGACCUUACCUCUACCAGUCCUGCAACUGCAUUGGACCAGCGGGGGAGUCCUGCUGUAGAGGAAAAGUAGCAGAAUUGUGACACUAGUGACAAGGAAGCUUUGAAACAAUAACCUCCUCAGCAGUUGUCUUUCUUCCUAUUGCUUUCAGUGUGUAAACAAAUCUUUAUCAAAAUUAUUUAUUUAUUCCAUUUUUAAAACGGUGUUCAGAGUUCUGCUUUUACCUUUAGAAGCAAAGGGCCUGGUUUUGAGAAACUGGCACAAUAUUAAUUGCAGAACAUGCUAUUCGUUCAAAACCUUUUGAUAUUUUGAAAUAAUUUUGUUGGGGAGCCUUGGUAAAUCUGACUUGUUUUGGGGUAUAGUAAUAUUCAGAUGAGAGUUUAAAAUGAGGCCAAGAAGAGCAUCUGGUUCCAAGUCUGCAUUUGUUCAAUCUCAGUGAGGAAGAACUAUUAUGUGGUAUCUGGAGUUUUUUGUUUUUUUUUUUUUUUUGUCCCCCACAGUUCUUUACAAUUUUGGGCUGUAUCCAGAUCAGAUAAAAAAUAAGUCCUGUUUAUGUUCAGCCAUUAGCAUUAGUAGUGGUUGAGAAAUGGAUAUUCUUAUUCAAGCAUACCCCUCAUGCUCUUUCACUCUUGAAAUUCAAAUCACAGAUGUUUGUGUUUAAAAAAAAAAAAAAAAAAAAAAAGUUGAAGCAAUCUCUAGUUACAAAGAUGACCUUUAACCAUAUAGUAGACGAAACAGAUUGCAAAGACUAGCAAUGCAGACCAGUACCCACCAUAUAGUAGAAGAAACAGAUUGCAAGGACUAGCAGUGCAGACCAGUAACCACUUUUGGCAGACUUGCCCAGGAUGUUUUCUGAAGUGUCACAGUUUUUUUCUUGCAGUUGCAGGCCAGUAGGGAGCUUUGCUUCACUGCACAUACAAACACUUUUUGCACCUUUUUAUUUCAACUUUUGAAGUAGACAUCCUUGAUAAAGGUAUGUGUGUAAAAUAUACAUAAGAAAAUUAAUUUUCUGAGUUUGAAUAUCUGUUUUAAUAUGCUUAUGUACUGUAAGUUAAAGCUGACAUGAGUUUACUUUGUUACUGUCAUUGUUUUAAUGUUACAUUUUAAAUUUGCUUUAUUUGACAAUACUGUACAUACGGCUUAGGGAAAUUAGCCCCAAAAGCCAGAGCUUUAGAAGUGUAAUUAUUUUACUUUCAAAGACAAAAUUAUAACGCCUGUAAAAUUAUUAUUUUUAUUAGCUUUAUCCUCCCCACUCCCCUUAACUCCCUCACUUUUAGCAUCCUGUGUUACCACAAUGUGUCUGCUGUGGAUGGAAAUGUUGGCACUAUGGCAGCCCUUCUGCAGAGACGCUUUGACUAGAUUAUUAUUAAAGCAACCCACAUUACAUUCUUUCUCCUUUAGUCCCAUUGUUUCAUAUGGCUCAUAGUGCAUUGACGAGCCCAUCCUAUCCUUCCCAUUCUAAAAUCAGUACGGAAGUACUGCUUUAUCUACUGUGCUUGAGCAUGAAUCAAAAUACACGUGACGUUAUUUAGAAGAUUGUGACAACCCAUGUAGCGUCAUGUUUUUAACUUUAAAACAUACAGAAAGAAGGUCCAUUAUAGCCACUGUAGAUUGGCUUGAAAAUUCUAGUUAGUAUAAGCAGUUAAGUAGCUUAAAAAAAAUAAGAAAAAAAAAAAGCUUAAAAGGCAUCUCUUUCAGUAAUUUUUGUCAUAACUAGCUGUAAUGGAACAUUCAGACAACUCAUUUUGUUUCUGCUUUUCAGAUGCCUACGUUAUGUAUUUCUCUAAAGAGGCAGUUACUUCUUUGAGGAGGCUGAUUUUGGAUGAGUUUAGACUUCGGGGUAAAAGGGGGAAUUAUUGCAAUUUGCUUAGCAAUAAAGCCAAAGAAAACCCACCAAUCCUUAACUGUUAUCCAGAGUUUUAGUUUUCAUAACUGUCCAUUCAAGCUCCUGUGCAGCUGAACACUUUGCACUUAAAGUGACUAUACUGACUUCAUGCAUCUCAGCUACUGGAUUUUAACUUGUUUUAUGGGAUCAAAAUAAAGUGAUGCUAAAAGUUAAGAUUUUGGAGAUGGUGAGGGAGGAAAUGGGUUAGGGGGCUUUAGGUGCCCAACAUACGGAUUUACUGAUGGUCUUUUUAAAAAAACAAAAAACUCAAAAGUUUCGCUGACUAGCCCAGACAUGUUAACAUCUGCACAGUACUGCAGUCUACGGAGUAAACGGUACUGAUGAUCUCGCUGCUGUCAUGUUCUUGAAGUUGCUUGUGUAUUAAGCUCUAGGAAGAAAAAAAGCCAUGCAGUGUUGUUAAAGGACAAAGUUAAAACUACGCAAUGAAUAAUAUAUUCAGUGCAAAAAGGUUAUCAAAUGUUCAGGUUUUUCAAUAAAAUAACACUUGUGCAGGGUUAAUGUUGCUGUUCAUUUUGGUAAAUGGUUACAUGUGGGUAAAUGCCUACAGUUAAGAAUCCAUUAUGUUUUUCUCUCAAGUUUGGCAACGGUUGUACAGAUAAAGCUUUUAUCUGGGAUCAAAGAUGCCAGAAUUGUAAGAAACAUUCAUAGCUUUUCAGAAUGUCUGUCUCUUCUGUCUGUAUCAAUAAUAUAUUCUGUUUUCAGUGCAAUGCUGCAGAUUUUCUUUCACUAGCUCUUUAUAUGGACAUGUGAGCUUAUACAGCCAAGUGUCCUUAGCUGCAUGUUUUUCUUUCAGAGAUGAGGGAUUUAUUGUGAAGUUCUCAAAUUGGAUUGUUAUGUUGUCCCACCUGUGUCUCUCUGAAAGCACUUGGACACCAGGUAUUUUCAUUUUAUAUUCAUCAUGUGUUUUUUUUCAUAGACACAAAGACCAUGCCAUUUACUUAGUGAAAGGUCAGCGGAUAAGGCUUGAGGGUCUAAAUCGGGUGAGGUGCUAAGCCAAUCAAGUUACUGAAGUUACUGGAAAGCCUUCUAGGAAGCACUCAGCAUGUGACAAAAGCAAGACCUUUUCUUUUGAAAUACAUCAACUAUAUUCCUUAACUAUCAAGAGCUUUAAUAAAAGGUUCUGUAUUUCACCCUGAGGCUGAGCAUGCGCUCUCUGCAAAGCUUCAGGCCUCUUGCUGUAUAGGUGGUGAAGCUACUUACAGGAAUGGAAUAAAAACUGUGUCCCUUCUGCUUGUCACAGCAAUGCCAAAUACAUGAGAGGAAAAUUGGUGCCUCAUUAACAUUGGCGUUUUUAGUAAUUGGAGGAAUAGUUUUUAAGAGAUUUUAUUUUUCCUUCUUCAAGCACUGCAAUUGAAUGUAUUUUCUGUGUCUGUUUCUUCAGUUGUUACUACAUACUUAACCAAAUCUUGUUGAUGGAGAAAUGUUGUUGUAACAUGAGAAUGUUUCCUAAAUGAUGAAAGUUGGUAAAGGCUGUGGCAUUAUUUUUUCAAAUACUCUUGCUUUUUUGAGGACAUUUGAACAACUGUGGGGUUUUUGUUUUGUUAAAAAAAAACAAACCUACAGUGGAAGAAAUGCUAGUUACAGAGCCUCUGGUACUGCUGAGUAUUACAUUGUUUCAUUCUGUUGUCUUCCAAAUUUCUUGGAAACAGCUGUGCACUGUAUCAGGGGAUCAGCUGAGCCCCUUACCUGCUUGUGCAGUGGGAGGUCUGAUUCCAUACUGUUUAUUCAGGCAAUAUUCCAGCUGAAAUCUAUGAGAAUUUUGCAUGUGUAAGAAGUAGAGUAAUAUCCAGAAAGAACGUUCUAGUGCUUAUAUUUUAAUGGAUGAUUACUCCUCCAUAUGUGAGUGAAAUGCAGUGGCAUGGGUGCUUUAGUUGUGACAACAUUCAGGGUGCACAGGGGACAGACAGUAUAACUAAUAUACGCUUAACUCAAAAGAUGACAAAUUCACUACUAGUGAUGCACAAGCCUGUGAUGUAUGUUUUAUUAACUUUGCCAGGGAAAUGUGAAUAGUUGCAUGUGACCUGCUGUGGCCAGAAGCCUUUAAAUAUUUUCAUGGAAAGUAAUCACAGUCCAAGUAAUUACUAAUGCCCGCUAGCUGUCAUCUGAGCACGCUAGUCUCCCACUAAUGCGUAUCACUUCAGUUUAGGGGAGCAGAGUAGCCUAAUUUCUGAUACAGAUGCACAAAUUUCGAGAGGAGGGAAGGAUGUAUUGAAUAUUGUAUAAGAAAUAUUGUUAUGUUUUAUACAUAACAUUCAGUAAUUUAAUGUCUGCUUAGGCCGUUUUUGUAAAGAUAAAAGUUAAUUAUUUCAUGUUCUUGAGUGGAUAAUCCAGGGGAUGGAGGAAUUAUACUAUGUACAAUUAAUGAUUAUGAUCAUACAAAGCAUGUUGAUUAUAAUGUGCAUAGGAAUUCCUUUGAAAGUUUUGUGCAAUAAACUAUUUUUGUUAAAGGACUCAA